AACACGCAGUUUAAUGUUUUAAACACGAAGAUUAAUGUUUUUAACCUCUGUUUCCAAAUUGUUCUUUUUUUUUAAUUAGAAGAUUUUCGCUGAAUGAGUUCCAAUAAAGAUAGCGACUCUGAGAACAGCCACCGAAGCGAAAAGAGGAAGAAGUCAAUUCUUCCAAAGAUUUUCGGAUCAAGAAGAUAUGGUAAACAACAAGAACAUGAAGAAGAUGCAUCAAAUGAUAUGAACAGACGAACAAGUAAUGAUCAUCACGAAGACAACAAUAAAAUUUUCAAUGAUUUGGAGCGACGACUUGCUUCUCGAAAGAAAUCAAUUCUCGACAACACUUCUCCAAUGAUAUGGAAGACUCUUUCUGAGAGAAAGUCAAGCCCUGGAAUUGAAGGCUUGAAUCUAUCAAGUUUCGAUAGGCCUAUGGCACCAACAACAGAGAUUCGUGAACUCAGGGUGUUUCUAGCUACGUGGAAUGUAGGUGGAAGAACACCAAACAACGAUCUUAACCUAGAAGACUUCUUGCUCGUUGAAGGCACAGCAGAUUUAUACAUCUGUGGGUUUCAAGAGAUUGUUCCUCUAAGUGCAGGGAACGUAUUAGUAGUCGAAGACAACGAGCCCGCAGCUAAAUGGUUAGCUCUAAUAAGCCAAGCCUUAAACAAACCGAAACAAGACUCUGUUUACUCAAACGCAGCUUUCUCCGCCUCGAAAACAACAACCUCUUGUAGUAGCAGUAGUAGUGGUUGCGGUUCCGAAGAGUCGAGAACACCGAGCAGUCUAAGUUUCUUUCAAAGACCUAAUCUCAAAGUCUUGAGCAGAAACUAUCGUGUCGAUUCAAGUCUUUUGAAGACUUGUAAUUGUCCGGUGGUUAACGACAACACUCCUGUCGGUUGGGAAGCUAGGAGAUCCAAAAGAUAUAGUGAUCCUAUUACAGACAGCAAUGUGGAGGCUGAGAAUUUUAGGGUUCAUGAGAAUUUCUUGUUUGAUGAUGUUGUUCCCGCGGCGACGACGAUGAUGAUGCCUGGACAGAUGAGUUACAGAUUGAUUGCUAGUAAACAGAUGGUUGGUUUGUUUCUGUCUGUUUGGGCUAGAAAAGAGUUGAUUCCGCAUAUAUCUCAUCUUAGACUUGAUUCUGUCGGAAGAGGAAUCAUGGGUCGCUUGGGCAACAAGGGAUGUAUAGCUAUAAGCAUGUCAUUGCAUCAAACAAGCUUUUGCUUUGUGUGUAGCCAUUUGGCUUCCGGUGAGAAAGAAGGUGAUGAGAUGAGAAGAAACGCAGAUGUAUCUGAGAUUCUGAAGCAUACUCAGUUCCCUAAACUCACCAAAAGCCCUAGUUGUCGCGCACCAGAAAGAAUCGUUGAUCAUGACCGAGUGCUUUGGCUUGGAGAUUUGAAUUACAGAGUUGCUUUAACCUACGAAGAGACAAGAGUGUUACUAGAAGACAAUGAUUGGGAUACUCUUCUUGAGAAAGACCAGCUUAACAUGGAGAGAGGAGCAGGAAGAGUCUUCUCUGGAUUUCAAGAAGGUCAAAUCUUCUUUGCACCAACGUAUAAAUACACUCAAAACUCAGAUGCUUACGCCGGAGAAACCACCAAGUCCAAGAAAAAACGACGUACUCCUGCUUGGUGUGAUCGGAUUCUAUGGAGAGGAGAAGGAAUAGAACAGCUUUCUUACAUUCGAGGAGAGUCCCGGUUUUCAGAUCACAGACCGGUUUGUGCAAUCUUUGCAGUAGAAGUUGAUGUGAAGAGUCUGAACAAAGGUAGAUUCAGGAAAGGUUAUUCUAGUGCAGCUGCAAGAUUGGUUGAAGAUGACACUCCAAAACGACAUAGUUUUUAUGACUAAAAGAUUUAUUACCCUUUCUUUUUUUUUUUGAACAAAAAAAAAAUGGAUUAAAAGAAAAUAUUAUUUCUUGAGAUUGUAUAGCUUUUGGAUCAAACAACAAAAUGUUUUUCCUCUGUUUAUUAUUCUCUUAACUCUGUUUUUUAAUACAUUGUAACUAGAGAGCUUUUUUCAAUCUUGAGACAUGUA